CUCUAUUUCUUUACUCAACAAAAACUCUCUCUAGAGAUCAUAAAAUGAAUACACAUUCAUUCAUUACCUCCGCGUUCCGAUGGCCGUCAACUCGCCGGAAGGUCUAUCUCCGUCGGCGUAAGCCGCAAGUUAUACGUCUCGGCGGAAGAAACAGUGCGCCACGUGGGAGAUUCUUCUCGCUCAAGAAGGUGGUGAGGAAGAUGAGGUUAAAGUGGCUGAGACUGUACUACGUGAGGCUAGUGAAGAUGAUCAAAGGGUAUUAUCGUAACUUGGCGCAGGAGUUUGCUGACGCCGGAGCUGCAACUAUCCAGCAGCGGAUGGCGGUGGAAACGGCUGCUUUCGCCGCUCCUGGCUUGGGACUGUCUUUUUAUCCCGAGUCUAGUCAACGUUUUUUUCUUGUUUAGCUAAUUUUUAUUCAAGUUAAUUAGUAGUUUCAAAGUAAUUAAUUACCUUUGUACUGUUUUUUUUUUCAAAAUUUUCUAUUAUACUACUUUUGAAUUUCUUGUGAAAAGGUAAAAU